AUGGCAUCUCCGUCCUCACCAAAGAUACUCCUCCUUGGUGCAACAGGCUACAUAGGUGGCACUGUUCUCUAUUACCUCACCCGAUCCCCUGCCCUCGCUAGAUGCCUACCCAUUAGCGUUCUUAUCCGCGGUGCCGACCGCGCCGACAAGUUAAAGUCCGUCUACGGGGACCAGAUCUCCACCGUUCCCCUGACAACCCUGGACGACUUGGAUCUCAUAACCAGGCUCGCCAGCGAGCAUGACAUCGUCAUCAACGCGGGUACGGGGUACCACCCCCCAAGCGCGGAGGCCCUGGUCCACGGGCUAGCCAAGCGCAAGGCUGCCACCACGGGCAACAACGGCGACGAGGGCACCACCGUGCCGCCGUGGCUCAUCCACACGAGCGGCAACUCCAACAUGUCGGACAACCCGCUGGCGGGCGAUCGCUACCCCGAGGAUUUCUGGCUCGACGACAGCGACCCGUUGCGCAUCUACGAGCUCGAGCGGGACAAGGAGGCGCGGGAGCCGUACCCCCAGCGCGCCGCGGAGCUGGCCGUGCUCGAGGCGGGCUCCAGGCUCGGCGUCGGCACCACGGCGCUGCAGAGCCCCGCCAUCUUCGGGCCCGGGAGGGGCCUGUUCAGCACGGCCGAGGCGAUGGUGCCGACCAUGAUACGGUUCGUGCUGGAUAACGGGUACGGGGCCAGGCUGGGAGACGGGACGGCCCAGAUGGGGUUCGUGCACGUGGACGACCUGGCGGAGCUAUACGUCCGCGUGGCGGAGGAGGUCGUCGAGGGUGGUGGGAGGGCGGUGCCGAGCGGCAAGGAGGGGAUCGUGUUCCCUUGCGUUGGGAUGGUGACGCUGGUGGAUAUUGCGCGGGACUGCGUCGAGGCCGUGGCGCGGAAGGGGAUCAUCCAGACCAAGGAGGUCAAGGAGGUGGACCUGGACACUGCUGCGCCUUACUUUGGUGGUGGGGACUUCGGGAGGCACAUCGCGUCGGUCGGAUGGGCAGGGCAUUGGAACACGAUCGGGACGGUUGGUGAGAAAAAGCUGGGCUGGAAGCCGGUGCAUCGGAAGGAGGCGUGGCAUGACCAUGGACAUUUUGAUUUCGAGCUCGAUGCUGUGCUGGAGGGGAAGAGACCAUUCUCUCUCGAUAAGGUUACGGGGGGGAGGGAGUAA